AUGCAAAACUCUAAGUUUCAAACAUCUCAUCUAAAUCCUUCCGAAGAACCCCAGCAGCUAGAAGAAAGAAUAGAACUUGUAGUAAACAUCUCACAUGAAGUUCAGCAGCAAGAACGGACAGAACAUGAAACAAACACCCCACAUCUGCCAAGCGGGCCUGAACAACUCGUAAAAUCUCCGCUUCAGGAAUUCAUCCAGAAUACAAAGAAAAUGAUCAUGGACGACACUUACCAACCCCCACAACUCCAGUCGCUUUUUCCAAGUCCUCCUGGCAAAGGACACCCACCUAAACAUUUGACUCUGGAUCAGAUUUACACUAACCUUGUUGUUGUACCUAACAUGGCUGAUUAUGACUUUACUGAAGACAGACGGAAGAAUUUGCAAAUCUACGCCAGGUCGGGUAUUAAAAACGAAACACCGAGAGGGCCAGACGACAUUCUUAAUCACGAAAACAAAAACAUUUUGAUCGUCGGUCGUCCCGGUAUCGGAAAGACACUUUGUUGUACAAAAAUUCUCAGAGACUGGGCAUCUAACAAAGUAUUCCAUAAAACACCCGAUGACAAAAUCCACUUUGAUGCUGCUUUCUUCGUCAAAUUCAGAUUAUUCAACGCUGCAACCGACCUUAGUCUUCGGGAGCUACUGACCCGCUCCACAUACUCACCCAGGAACAAGCUGGAUGAGGAAGUCUGGAAUUACAUCCUAGAAAACCCGCAAAAAGUUCUCCUUAUUUUCGAUGGAAUUGAUGAAUUCAAAGAUAACUCAAAGAUCGGCACGGAAAAUAAGAAACCACAAUUCAAAAACAGCGUAGACGAGAAGAUGCCCCUCUCGGCUAUUUAUGCCAAACUAACGACUGGAAUACUUCUCAAAGGGGCGGCAGUUUUAACUACAACAAGACCUACAGCUCUGUCAUGCGUCGAAAGUAUUCGCUUUCACAAAAUCCUUGAGAUCCUUGGCUUCUCAUCCGAACAAGUCGAAGAAUACGUAACCAAAUUUGCUGAAGAAGACAAGGAAGCAGGCGACACAGUAAAGCGUCACAUCACCAGCAACGUCAAUAUCUUAUCUCUAUGUUACAUUCCCGCGAGCUGCUUCAUCAUUUGCUCAAGUCUCUUUAAAAUGGUGAAGUUCUAUACUCCUAGAGGUCUUAACCUACCAACAAGUUUAACAGGCAUAUACAAGAGAGCCGUGAAAAUUUUCUACUUGAGACACAACGAAGAAUUUCGCGAUGAACCUUUCACUCGCAAAGACUUUGAAUCAGAUGAAUUGCCCUCCGAAGAAGAAAAAAAAUUGGAGAAACUACAAAAAUUGGCAUUUGAAGGAAUUAAAGAAGGAAGGCUGAUCUUUGGAGCAAACGAAGUACGCGGAAUGGAAGACAGCGCUCUAUUUCACCGCCUACCCGACCGUGAAGUUGACUCGUUUAGUAGCGAAGGACAGUUCUGUUUUAUUCAUCUCACAAUGCAGGAGUUUUUCGCUGCGAAGCACCUAGUAAGCAUGAGUAAAAGAAAAUUAAAGAACUUUGUCUCCAAGAACAUUAAGGAAGGCAAAUGGCAGCUGGUCUUUCAGUUUCUCGCAGGGUUAAUGAAGAAUAAAAAACACCUACCACGCGAAAUUAUCACAGACCUUCUUCCUGUGAAAACUGAAGAAAAAGAAAGCGCAGACUUCAACGUACAGUGGACAGAAAAUGAAAAGAAAACGAAAGUGACCUGCUGGCCGACUGAAGACGAACGAGAUUUAGCAGUGACAUUAAUGAAAUGUUUAAACGAAAAUAGUAGAAUGAAGUCAGAAGCACAGAGAAGACUUCAAAAAAUUAAUUUUAAUUGUGUAAAUUUUAUUGUUUGUCACCUCACAGCUGUUGACUGCUCUUCGUUAGUAAAUGUAAUUAAUGUUCAACAAAUUUCACAUUUGAGUGUCAAUAACUUUGGUCCAUUAGGUUGUUUUGAGAUUUGUAAAUUGUUAAAAUGUAGAGAAUCUCAACUGAGCUGGUUAAACCUAACAAGAAAUCAAUUGACAGAUGAAGCAGCAAAAUAUUUAGCUGAAGCCAUCAAUAAUAACAACUGUCAGCUACACACGUUAUACCUUACAUCCAAUAACAUCUCAGACACUGGGGCACAGCACUUGGCUGAAGCCAUCCACAACAACAACUGUCAGCUACGCACGCUAAACCUCAUAGCAAAUAACAUCUCAGACAUUGGAGCACAGCACUUGGCUGAAGCCAUCAACAACAACAACUGUCUGCUACGCACGUUAAACCUCACAUUAAAUAACAUCACAGAAGCAGGUAAGCAAAAGGCACGUAAUUUACUAAGCAAUAGUCAGUCUAAGUGUCAGCUAAUUCUUUGGGCCUCAGCUAUUCCAAUUAAAAACUAAAAAGAAAUUAUUUGAACCACUUACUAUUUUAAAUAACUGUGAGGUAACCAGCUCAGUAAUAAUGAUAGCCCAACAACUCAAACCGUGAAUGAAGGCAAACUUACUCUGUGAAGCGCUCAGAGUAGCGAGAUUAUUUGAACCGGAUCAAAAGGAAGAAAAAUGAACCAAUGAACAUGUUUAUUGAGAACAAACGAUAUCAACCUUUUUUUUUUUUAAUACACGAACCAAUAACAUUGAAGAAAAAACACAAAGCUUCCCGCAGAGAAAACAAUCAAAUCUCGGACCUCUCAGGACACUUUUUCAUUUUAUGAUUGGUUAGUUUCGAUCCUAAAUUCUCUCCAUGCUUCUGUAUGUUUUGAUCGCUUGGAGUUUUGUGUGAGAUUUUAAGCGAAUUAGAUGAAUAUAUACAUUACAGAUUACCUGGUAGAAUGCCAGGUUUUCUCUCUUUCAUUUCUUGUGUUUUCUACAAUUCUUUUUUUGAUUUUUUUUCAUUUCUCGUGUUCUCUGCCAUUUUUUUUUUAAAGCGAACCGGUUCAAGUAGUUUCACACUUUGGGCAAAAUAUUGAAAAAAUGAGACCAAACUGUAAAUAAAAUCAUCUUGCUUUCAGACAGAAGGCCUGUUACUUGUGCAAUAUAAUAACUGUUGUAGAGUUUGCAUUCAAAAUCUGAUGAAGCAUCAGACUUACCCAGUUGAGAUUUUAAUUUACCAGUUAUUGUUAACCCUUUAACUCCCAUGAGUGACCAAGACAGAAUUUCUCCUUACAACAUCAAUACAAUGUCCAGCACAUAAGUGAUGAGAAUAAAGAAAAAUAUCAAUUUGGGGAUAAUAAGUUGAUCCAAUACUAAUUUCUCUCAACUAACAUUAUAGGAAUUGUAUGGUUGACAUUUAGGAGAAUUACAAAUUUGAUCUGGGAGUUAGAGGGUUAACAAAUGGAGCCAGACUUCCAAAUUUGUCAAGACUGUACAAUAAAUUUUGUAAACCAAAUUCAACUUUGUGUUGAGAUACAUUUGGCCUCAAUUGUUAGACACAACUUGAAAGCUAUGGCGAAGGGGUGUGGCCUUUUCAAUAUCAGUCCGGAUUUACCAAUUUACCAGAGAGACUGCCUCAAGGUGAGGGUAUGAGGCAAUCCUUAAAAAAAAACCCCAUACCCUAUCUCAAAUUGAAUGAUUUUCCCCUCCUUCUUUCAACCCAUGCCUUGAAACAACAGUAAAAUAUCUAAGGAAGUGUAGUCACAUGUAAUCAAUGUACCAUAUAUCCUUGAGAAGGUUCCUGGCCAGUUUAAGGACACCUGUUAACCUUUUUUAAAGCAAGAUUCAUGAAAUCAGUGGAACUCAGCACACGCAAAUAACAGAAAAUAAAUCAGAAAUAAGAAAUAAAUCCCACAGGCAAAAAGAAUGAGAAGGGGAGGCAAGGAAACCUCACAAAGAUUUCCACUUGUUGCAGCUAUGAAAAAAGAUGACAAAGGAGACUUCCUCUGGUUUUUUUUUGUUUUUGUUUUUUUUUUUUCCCGACACCUUCACAUUCCAUGAGUUUUGCAGGUUUUGGAAUUAAAAUGUAACUUUCCACAUUUUUGAAAGAAUGCUUUUGAUCUGUACAAACUUUUUUGAAAAAGCAGGUGAUUAGAAUUUGUGUCCAAACACUUUUAUUGAACAAAUAUUUUAGUCUCUUUUAAAACCCUCUAACUCUCAUAACUGACAAAGACAGAAUUUCUCCUUACAAUAUCAAUACAGUAUCAAGCAGACAAGUGAUGAGAAUUAAAAAAACAUCCAUUAGGGCAAUAUUAGUUGAUCAUAUACCAAAUUCUUUCAGCUAACAUCAUAAAACUUGUAUGGCAGACAGUAAGGAGAAUUACUACUGAGAUCUUGAGAGUGAAAAUCUCAUUAACAGGGACACCUAUGCAGAGCAGGGCUGCACCCAGUUUCCACUAAAUUCCACAGAAAACCUAAUUCAAACCUGCUUGAGAAAUAUCUCUUUUGUUUAGAAAUGCCAGGUGAUGCCAAAAAUUAUAUUUGUAGUGGACAAAUCUCCUGAGCCUUUUCAUACACACAUUUUCUUCUAAGAAUCAACAACCUAGCAAUUUAAUGUUCAGUAAAAGGAAAGAAAAAUUAAGUGGAUGUUUUGAUAGAGGUUAAUCGGAAAUUUACAGUAUUAGCAAUUAUAAGUUUAAAAAGAAGAAAAAUAAACUUUGAGUCCAUAAAGCAACAUGUAAUUAGCUCACAAUGUCAAUACAGUGAUAAAUAAUGAUGGGAAAUACUCCCUAAAAUAACUUGUCUGAAUGUUAAAAAAUUAUACCAAAGUACAUUUACAACUGAAAAGUAUACUUGUGCAACAAGAUCACUACUUUCCAGAAUUUCCUUUGGAUUAAUGACUGGAAGCUGCAGAUUUUUUACUCCUUCAUCAUUCUCUAGACUAACAUUGACCCAUUUGUACUUGAAUUUUGAAGAAUUGUGUAUUUCUUCCAUUUUAUAACUGAUAGUGGCACUUGUCACAGCAGCCUUUUUAGCAAUAACAUUAGCCACAAUUGUGGCUGAAUUUUCUGCUGAUAAGUUUUCUGCUGAUAAGUUUUCUGGUGAUGAGUCAAACUCCAAAAACUGCUGCUCCAGUUGCUGGACAGCUUGUCGGAUUUCAUUUUCGUGAUAUGUUGUUCUUUCCUACAUAGAAAAGAGAACAGUAUCAGUGCUGAGUAACAGUGAUUGAUGAAGAGAAAGCUACAAACACAUAAAGUCAAACCUGUAUUGAGCAGUCACCCACAGGGAAUUGCAAGGAGACCACUUAAACAGUUUUUACAGAACAGGAGUCAAAUGCAUUAAAAAGCCCUAUUUUAUGCCAUAAUUGAUCACUUAAUUUAUUGGUUAUUCCAAAGCUUGCUAAGAAAUCCAUGCCUGUUUGUUAAUACCAGUAAAAAGAAUCAACAAAAUGGUGACACAACAUAAAAAAAGAACACUGAUGCAGAAUUACUGGGAUCAAUAUCAGUAUCUGGGCAACUGCUCACCUACCCCUCCCCUAGCUCAACAACAGUCAAUUAACAACAAGUUAAGGUUAAUGUUGGGUUAGGGGAGGGGUAGGUGGGCAGUUACCCAGAUACUGAUACUGAUCCAAUAACUGUAUACUAUUAUCUAUCAGUUGGACCUCUAGGUCAUAAUCAUAGGCUGAUUGACUUGUGUAAUGUUUGUGCAUAAUAUUUGUCUCAACAGAAUUAGAUAAUUUGCAAUAAGUUGAGCACCUUUGAACUCAAAGUACUAUUCCUAGUUUUAUUUGAGAGGUUCUGCUUAAGUGAUUGUUCAACACAUGCAAGUAGAAAACAAUAAAAACAGGAAGCUGGGACUCAAUCAAGGAUGACCACGACCACUUAAUAGAAAUGAAAAUUACAGUAAUUUAGGGGAGAAAAACUGACAACUGACCACUUUAUUACAGGGUAACUGUUUAAUAUGGUGCAGCUUAAUACAGGUUCAACUGUAUAAUGAUCAGCCAUUUCAUGAUGAAAUAGACAUGUUUAACUAUGUUUUCUUUUGUAGCACUAAUUGCUCCAAUAAAGAGGAACAUUUUACAAAACAUUACAGGAAAAUGCAUCUUCUCUAAUACCCAGUACUUCUAGAUGGCUUUAAAGACUUGAGGUUGUUUUUGCAGGAGUAAUGGGCAAUUCUGUUGAGCUGUUUUUUAAAACAGUGUAAGUUAUAGCCUCCUCAAGGGGUUUGCCUGAUCAAAAAAAAUAGUUAUUGGUGAAGUUUACACCAAAGGCAGUGGAGGUGCAUUGAUUACAGUAUUACAAUUGUUUCUUUGUUUUUAAACCCCUUGAAAAUACAGUACCUCUAUUUUAAUUGUAUUAGAUUUCACUUUUUGAUUUUGUUUUCGUGCUUGAUACUUGGUUGGUGAACAUUAUUUGAAAGAUAGAACAGACACAUUCAAGUUUGGAAAUGUUUUUCUUUUUGGGAUAUUGAAAUGUUAUUUUAUUCUUCCAGCCCCCAUCCUGUCAUUUCCUUUUACAUUGAACCUCCAUAACCCUUUAUCUCCCAUGAGUGACCAAGACAGAAUUUCUCCUUACAAUAUCAAUACAAUAUCAACCAGAUAAGUGAUGAGAAUAAAGAAAAUAUCAAUUUGGGGAUAAUUAGUUGAUUUAAUACUAAAUUCUCUGAAUUAACACGAUAAGAAUUGUGUGGUGGACAGUAAGGAGAAUAAGAAAUUUGAUCUGAGUUAAAGGGUUACAUAACAUCUCAUCAAAAAGGAGAGCGCCUGAUUAUCAUUCAACAGGAAAAAGACAAACUGCAGUGCAACACAAUGCUAUCCACAGAAUGAAUCUCUAUUCACCUAUAAGUGUUGUGAUAACAUACAACACUAUCCACUGGAUGGUGAUUUUUCCAGUGGAUAGUGUUAUUCAUCCUUUAAACUGGGCCCAAGUAAUAAAAAGAAAUUUUCUUCGUGCACAACAGCAUCCAAUCAAAGGCCACAACAUACACAAGCACAUUAAAUUGAGCUUACCUUGUGAGAAACGCAUUUGAAACACUGUAAAUGGGAUGUUAGGAGAUUUGUUACAGAGCAUUACAGGAAAUCCAUGAGUUACAACUAAAAUGGAAAUCAAAAGAGAGGAUAUAAAUUUACACAUAAUCACAGCAACAAUGUGUACAUUGAGUGCCUGAAAGCAUGUUCUGAAAGAACAUGUAAUGAAGGCUGAAGAGAGGGUGUAACUGGGGUACAUCACUAGUCAAUAGAAAUCAACAACCUUUAUUUAUACAAGUCAUUAUGCCAUUUAGCCAAUAAAUUGUGAGAAAAAUUUCGAUUAAGUCAGUAAACAACAAAAAAAACAAAACAAAACAGGUAAGUCAGUUAAUUUGUGCAAUUCUUUGACUUGACAGCUGCAGAUGUUAUCCUUUUGAAACUAAACAUUACAAACAGUUUUGGUGUUUCGAGAAAAUGACACUUGUUGAGAAAAACCUAAACCUGAUAACUAAAACCACAGGCAGAGCGUAAACCCGGAGCUUGUCAGGAUAAUCUGGAAUAUCCAAAGGGUAACAAUAGCUAGUUGGGGGUCAGAGUGAACUGAAAUUUACAUUUUUUAUAUCAGAAGUAAUGUUGUUUGUCAUAGAAAUGAAUACAAAUAUUAAUACAAACUCAUAACAUUAUCGUACCGUGUUUACAGUGCACUAAGAAAACUCCAGGAAGUACGGAUGGGUGUCGAGUACUCCUCUUUGUGCAGAUGUUUGGAGUUGUGUCAUCCAGGCAAUAGUCACUACGACUUCUUACCACAGGCAGGCAAGGAUAGUAUUCUACAUCAUUUGUGUGGUGUACAUCCAGUUGCACAGCAUCUGGUAUUUAUCCAUUUCUGCUGAACUGAGACUUUGCUUAUUCCAACAGGUCAAUAGUAACUGCAGUCAAGGUCUCAGGAAGCUGAUCUCCCUCCACAAUGCUAACUAUGUCAAACAGGAGUGGAAAAGUUUGCUGGAGUAGAAGCAUGUCUUAAGGACAGUGCUUGACUGGUUCAUUGCCAAUGAGUGUGCAUUAAAAUGUUUCCAAGGAGUCCAAUUGGGGAAGAUGUGCACACACCAGGGAAGCUUUUCCUAAUGCAUUGAAAAAUCCAGCGGUAGGUGUUGGAAAAGAGACAUCAGAUCCAUAGAACGAAAUGCACCAGGAAAAAAAACUACCUUAAGCAGGUGCACAACACUGCAACUCCAGGUGUAAAGAAGUCAUUACUGUGUCUGUAAUGUAACCUUGCUAACAUCACAGCCUGCUUGAUCCACCAUCUACCUGACAUGUUUUUCAGUAAGGUAAACCCUGUCACGAUGCCUAUUGAUGUUAUAAACUAUUAAAUAAUUAGCCUAAAUGCAGAUCUCUUCAAAUAAGGCAAAUAAAAACAGGUGAUAUUUAGACACAUUAAAAGUCUAUCCCAGUGGAAUGUAGGAGGAACUGGAGCUGGUCUUAGUCUGGUCUCAACCCCACAACUGAUCCAGAAAAAGAAAAACUCAUUACAAGGUCUUUGCAGGGUCAAUGAGACACACAAGCUUCACCACCACGACAAGGUGCCAGCCCAAGGUGAAGGAUUAAAAAUAUUUAAAAUUAUUAUAUUAAUCAGUAAUCAAACUGAAUCAAGUCAUAGUCUUCACAUCAACAGCUAGAUUAAUAUAUUAUAUUAUGCUCACACUCUAGAAUAAAAUUCCUUGAAUCAUACUGGGAACAAAAAUAAUAGGAUAAAUGAUGCAUAAAAUAUGCAAAAAAAUUCAGAAGCAUAAAUAGCAACUUAUCUUCCUGUUUCUUGUGGUUCAGCCUGGUGCACCCUGGAGGCCAACAACUCCAUGCUGUUUAUUUCCAUGUACAAAAAUGGUAAAAUUAUUCCCAUUCAAAGGCAAUAAGUCAUGAUGUUCCUCCUGAGAUAGAAAAACAGUAAGAACAACAAGUAAGUAGACUGUGGAAAUGCUACAAUCAUUUCAGAUAGUCUUUACUUAAAUAACAGAUACAAAUGGAAAAAUAUGAUGUUUACAACUACUUACAGCAAAUAAUGCACUUGUCAUUUCUCCAAGAAUAUAAUAAACUAAGAUUCAUAAAUAGCUGUACUCUGAAGGGGGCCUAGCUGUUUAAAUACACAAAUUAUGCUCUAAUAUUAUUUAACUUAAACCAAAAUCAUUAGGAUGAGUGAAAAAUAACCAGAAAAAUGUUGAAGAAAGCAAGAUUAAUGUUAGUAAUAAUUCCAAAAUUUUAAUGUUCUAAAGCAAAAAAUUCAUUCAUCUUACUUGGUAAGUGUGAUCAUGAGAAUGUGUGUGUCUGGCAAGUGAAGGGAUGAUGUUGUUUUCCCUGUCAAAGCUUUUCAUCAACUUUUCAGUGGCUUCAAUAUGGAUGCAAUUCCCAUAAACAGAACUAGCUGCAGUUAAACCUGUGACAAACAUUUAAUAAACAAUACUUAUUAUUAGACAUAAUUUAUUUCUCUAUUUAAUACUGAAAUGCAAAGAAGAAAAUUAUGGCACAAGGGCCUGGGACACAGUCAAAGACACAGGGGUCAGAUUCAAAACAAAAUAGCUAAAUGAAGACAGCUUAUUAUCCUGUUACUAGUAGUUGGGGCCUUUCAUUUCACAACUCAGGUUGUUAGAAUUCCAUAGAAAAAACAUUUGACUAGCACACGAGGGUGCUUAAAGGAGGCUGGAGAAAUAAUUGGCAACAAUAAAAAAGAGAAGCUGUAAGAAAGAGGAUGGGAACUGCAGUUGCCUCCUAAUGUAUAAACAGAAAUGAAUGGCACUUAAUGAAUGUGCACAUGAGAUACAGUUGUUGUCUACAUUCAAACUGUGACUUGGAUGAACAAUUUUAUUGGAGCAUUUUUAUAAAUUAUUUAUAUCAGUUUAUAUGCUUGUACUUACUAUCUCCUGUGACUGUUGAUGACAGUGACUGCAAAUAAUCUGUUUGCCUUGUGCUUUCAACACAUUUGCAAUGAUAGAUCCAAAUGUUAUUCUUGGGUUCUCUUUCAAAAAUCACAUAUUCGGCUUCCUGAUGGUAGAGGAUAAAAAAUAUGUAAGGUAAAUGAUUGAUUUUGUUUGGCAUAACCAUAAGUACCACAUUAUAUCUAGUUAUGAGUUAUCUACAUAGCUACUGUGCUAAACAAUAAAAAAACAGACAUUUUUGAUGCGCCCCAAGGGUACAAACCACAAACAAUUUGUGCCAAGUCGUAGAAUGUCUAACCUCCUUGUUCAUGUACAAGAUGCACUAGAAACUACAGUAUAGAGAACCCAAAAUAUAAAUAAAUAUUAAACAUUAGAUAUAAAAUAUUAAACAAAAUCAAAAAUAAUUAUGAAUACCAAAGGUGUGUAAUUAGGAUAUUUUAUAUUGCAUGUAUACAGUGAUGUAUUAAUAUUACCCAGGUUUGAGUCUUGCUCAGGUGGAAAGGUCUACUUACUAGUAGUACAUAAAUUGUGGUCAUUUCUUUUUGUACUACAGUACUAGCAGUACAAAAAAAGAUCAACACCAGUGUUACAAAAAUAACUUAUAAACAAUGAUCAGCUUGCUGGCCAAGAUUUGGGAAUAUUAAUAAUAAGUGCCUCUACCUAGGUGUUAUCCUUAAUAUUUAUGAGAAAUAUCCCAGGCACUUACAAGCAAUUUCUCUGUAACUGUAUCAAAAUCCGGAAAAGUGAACAAAGAAAUCUUGCUGCCAAUGAUGGGAAAAGCAUUGCUGUUCAACAGCUCUCACAUGUAUGCAAACUGUGAGGUAACAGGCACAAGGUCUGUGAGGUAACAGGCACAAGGUCUGUCUGAGAGCAUGGGUCAGUGGAUAAAGCAGAACUUAAUUCACCAUCUGCUAUGAUUUCAUCAUCAGAAACAUCCUAUAAAUAAAUAACAACACCGUAAAUAUUUAAACUGCUGUGAAAUUUACGCUCCCUAUCUAUGAUAGGAAAUCUGUUUUUAAUUACAAAAUGCAUGUAAAAUCCUCGUUGGAAAACAGCAGGUAUUAAUGAUAUAAGCUUCAGCCCAAUAUAAAAGAAAAUAAUGAGGAAUAAAAAAAUUAACACAGUCAUUGUGUGUGAUUCAUCACAACUUAUGAACGAAACAGUUUCCUAUAUAUAGCUGAAAAAAAAGUCUGUCAAAUGAGAAAUAUCUUGGUUGCUACAGAUAUCAGUUUUCCUCGACUUUUUUCAAACAUGCCAACUUCCCAUGACUCAAAAUAAAAUUCCAUGACUUCUUUCCUGAUCUUUUCCUGACAUGUGAAACACUCGAAUAUAAUUUAUAGAGUACAUGCUGUAAGAACUUAAGCUUUAAAUGACUGUAAAAAAAAAAGAAUCGAAAAUAUUUUUAAUAGAUGCAAAAUUAUGACUUACCAGCAAAGCAUCUAAAAUUGGUCUAGGUUGCAACGCCUUAUAAGAAGGAUUUUCGAAAUCAUCUUGACCAGUCGAGGUGGUGACCGUAGUACUCAAAUCAGAUGUCUUCUUUGAUCCCCUAUGUCUUAUCUUCUUUGGCAGAAACUAGGAAAAUUGCACCAGCCUCUUCUUUUAUUCCUCUCGCUUAAUUCAUUUCAUGAACGGCGGGAAAUAUUCGAAAAGGCGGUGCGCUGCUAUCAUCCGCCAUUUUGUGGAAUGCGGCUACAGUGGCGUGUAUGUGUCAUAAAGUGUACCAGCAGCUGCUUGGUUAUUCUUUGUUACAGAAUACCUUUCUCCAGGCUGACCUUUCUCACAACUUGCAGUUUUUGCCCCGUGGGGAUCCCACGAAUCUUUGCGCAAUCACAAGGGUCUGAUUACUGCAUGGAGGCUCGUUCUCGAUUUACCGUAAUGAUCCGUGAUGAUCCUAUUUAGCGCACGAGGUGCUUGUUUACUUUUGUUGCUGCUUCUUCGAAACAGGACGCUUUUUCUUUUUUUGAAAAGCUUUGAAAGCUUUGAUUUUUAUUUGACUGAGGAUCUAAGAGACUGGUCAAAAGACUUGUUGUACCUGGAUCCUUCUGUUAGGAAGUAUUUAGUUAGUUUAUGAUUAGUUAGUCAUUUAGUUAGUCAAUUCAGGAUGAGUUAAUCUUUCGUUUAUAGUAAGAUUGUACCCAGAGGCCUAUGCAACGCAGCCGUUUGUUUUUGUUUCGUAUGAAUUCAAAUUCCGAAGUUAUCUAGGUUUGAGCUGUUGUGAUAAGUUCCCGAAUUGUGACAGCCUUGUCUAACUUCCAUAGGUGGACGUGUUUAAUUUGUUUACUGACCUUGCUUUGGACCCACAUGAAAGUUUUUGUUUUGGCUAACGCAGUGAGAGGUUAAUUCAGUUGAUUGGAAGCAUUAUGAUGAAGUGCUUUGUUGUUCAUUUCGAAAGUCUCAUGAAAUUGUUUGGUUUGGUUUUUUAACAACAUUGUUUAGCCAUCUAAACCGCAAAAGAUUGAAGCGAACUACCUUCCAUUCGUUUAAUUAUUAUUUGUCACAUUUAAUAAGGAUCGAACGUUGUUUGUCUGAGUCACGAGGGGAACUGAAAUUUCAUGACGUCAUUAGCACUCUUGGCUAUUGUCACGAUAUCUGUGCUGAAGCUCUUUAAUCCUCCUUUAAGCAUCAAUCUGGCGCCAAAAUUAUCAGUCAAUCAUGCCCUCCUAACCCCUUGAACAACAGAUGACGUCCAGCCAAAGGGACUUGACGCCGCAUGCUCUUCACAUGCUACGGAAUUUUUUGGAGGAGCUACAACUAAAUAAGACAGCAAAAAUAAUUUAAUACAGUUUGAGUUCCUAUUGUUACUAAUCUAAGCAAGUGUGAACCAGUUCUGCAGACUCGUUUCAAAACGGGAAUUUGACGAUUCAAAGUUUUAGCUUGAUGCGGAAAUUCUUGCCUCGCAUUGCGUUAUCCAACCUUACAGAGUCUACAGACUAUGUGUUUCUUUCAUCGCGUCUCCCACUGGCGUUAAAGAAAGAAGUCUUUGACCUGCAUCACACCCAGGUGUUUUAGCUUCUAAGUAAAAAAUUCAAAUCUCUUUUGAAAUGCCACAGAAAGAUAGCGAUACUUGGUAGCUUAGAAUUUACCAGGCUUCAAGCUGGUUAAAAAACAAACAUUAACACUCCAGGUUUGAGAGCUGAAAAUUAAGUGAAGUGCAGUGUGAAAAUGAGCAAAUGGGGGCGAAUGGAGGUCAAGCGCAUCUUCCAGAAAUAGAACGCAUCUGUAUCCGUCUUAAUUUAGUGGUCUGAUAUCUGUUUCUUAUGAAAACAAGUAAAUGUUGCAUGAGCCAUUGCCUUUUUGACAAUUGAAGGUUUUCAAAGAGCCAAUCAAAAGAAAGUUCUGUAUCUUUUAAAAUAUUCAUUUAAAUUGGGGAAAAUUAGUAUUCAAACGAAACUACAGAAUCACUCAAGAUGUCAGUGGAAAAACUGUUAGAUUAUUUGGAACCAAAAACUUUAGGCAAAAUUCACCAUGUGGUAGUGGUUUUUUGGAUCCUGAUUGGUGUCAUCUUCCUUGCUAUAUUCGCCGACAUGGAAAACAGCGAACCAAGGUUUGAUUUCCGCUGUGGUGCAGGGAAAAGUAAAAACAUCGACUUCGUCCGGGGAAAAUGUUACGAGAAAUACCAGCAGCAGUACAACAGAUUCGCUUUGCCUGUCUAUGGCUUCGUUAUCAUGAAUUUCGUCCUUAUUGUAUUUGUAUGUGUUAUCUACUCCCAAAUAGUAAGACCUACAGUCAAUCGACUGUCGCGAAGCAUUCGUAACGGCGAUCCAGAGAGACAGUCACGCGAUCAAGAGAACGCUUUAUCAACGGGAAAGAAGCUCUUUAUCGCUUACUGCUGUCAACUAUCCACAAGACUUGUUUUAGGAGUUGUUUUCAUCAUCCUACAAACUCAGUUGCUUUAUCCUUUGAGGUUUCCCUCUAAGUUUCACUGUUAUUUAACCACCGAUGGAACCACUCAGCUGGGGAAUUCAUCUAACAACGCCCAACACUCUACCUUACACGACUGUCACAAUCAACGAGCGAUAAAGAAAACCUCCUGGAUGGACGCUGUCUUGGUGGUAAAUGGAAUUUUUGUCGUCGGCAUUCUGAUUGAAAUCGUCUACAUUUUUCUAAGAGCAUGCAAAGAAAGGGAAUUUAUGCAAAACUCAAAGUUUCAAACGUCCCAUCUAAAUCCUCCCGAAGAAGCAUUACCGCUUCAGGAAUUCAUUCAGAAUACAAAGAAAAUGAUCAUGGACGACACUUAUCAACCCCCACAACUUCAGGCGCUUUUUCCAAGUCCUCCUGGCAAAGGACACCCACCUAAACAUUUGACUCUGGAUCAGAUUUACACUAACCUUGUUGUUGUACCUGACAUGGCUGAUUAUGACUUUACUGAAGACAGACGGAAGAAUUUGCAAAUCUACGUGAACAACGAAACACCGACAGGGCCAGAGGACAUUAUUAAUCACGAAAACAAAAACAUUUUGAUCGUCGGUCGUCCCGGAAUCGGAAAGACUCUUUGUUGUACAAAAAUUCUCAGAGACUGGGCAUCUAACAAAGUAUUCCAUAAAACACCCAAAAACAAAAUCCACUUUAAAGCUGCUUUCUUCGUCAAAUUUAGAACAUUCAACGCUGCAACCGACCUUAGCCUUCGAGAGCUACUGACCCGCUCCACAUACUCACCCGAGCUGGAUGGGAAAGUCUGGAAUUACAUCCUAAAAAACCCGCAGCAAGUUCUCCUUAUUUUCGAUGGAAUUGAUGAAUUCAAAGAUAACUCAAAGAUCGGCACGGAAAAUAAGAAACCUCAAUUCAAAAACAGCGUAGACGAGAAGAUGCCCCUCUCGGCGCUUUAUGCCAAACUAACGACUGGAAAACUUCUUAAUGGAGCAGCCGUUAUAACUACUACAAGACCUACAGCUCUUUCAUGCAUCAAAAGAAUUCCUUUUGACAAAAUGUUCGAAAUCCUUGGCUUCUCACCCGAACAAGUCGAAGAAUACGUAACCAGAUUUGCUGAAGAAGACAAGGAAGCAGGCGACACAGUAAAGCGUCACAUCACCAGCAACAUCGAUAUCUUAUCUCUUUGUUACAUUCCUGCGAGCUGCUUCAUCAUUUGCUCAAGUCUCUUUAAAAUGGUGAAGUUCCAUGCUCCUAGAGGUCUUAACCUACCAACAAGUUUAACAGGCAUAUACAAGAGAACCGUGAAAAUUUUCUACUUGACACACAACGAAGAAUUUCGCGAUGAACCUUUCACUGACGAAGACUUUGAAUCAGAUGAAUUGCCCCCCGAAGUAGAAAAAAAAUUGGAGAAACUACAAAAAUUGGCAUUUGAAGGAAUUAAAGAAGGAAGGCUGAUCUUUGGAGCAAACGAAGUAAGCGGAAUGGAGGACAGCGCUCUAUUUCACCGCUUACCCGACCGUGAAGUUGACUCGUUUAGUAGCGAAGGACAGUUCUGUUUUAUUCAUCUCACAAUACAGGAGUUUUUCGCUGCGAAGCACCUAACUAACGUGAGUGAAACAGAAUUAAAAACCUUUGUUCAAAUGAACAUUACGAAAGGCAAAUGGCAGCUGGUUUUCCAGUUUGUAGCAGGAUUAAUGGAGAAUAAAGAUAACCUUCAAAGCGAAAUUAUCACAGACCUUCUUCCUGUGAAAACUGAAGAAAAAGAAAGCGAACUCUACAACGUACAGUGGACAUGGAAUGAAGAGAAAACGAAAGUGACCUGCUGGCCGACUAGGGACGAACAAUAUUUAGCAGUGACAUUAAUGAAAUGUUUAAACGAAAAUAGUAGAAUGAAGUCAGAAGCACAGAGAAAACUUCAACAAAUUAACUUUAAUUUUGUAAAUUUUUUUAAUUUUGACCUCACAGCUCUUGAUUGCUCUUCGUUAGUAAAUGUAAUUAAUCUUCAACAAAUUUCACAUUUAGAUUUGAGUUACAAUAACAUUGGUCCAUUAGGUUGUUUGGAGAUUUGUAAAUUGUUAAAAUGUAGGGAAUCUCAACUGAGCUGGUUAAACCUCACAAGAAAUCAUUUGACAGAUGAAGUAGCAAAGUAUUUAGCUGAAGCCAUCAACAACAACAACUGUCAGCUACACACGUUAAACCUCUCAGCAAAUAAAAUCUCACACAUAGGAGCACAGCACUUGGCUGAAGCCAUCAACAACAACAACUGUCAGCUACACACGUUAAACCUCUCAGCAAAUAAAAUCUCAGACAUUGGAGCACAGCACUUGGCUGAAGCCAUGAACAACAACAACUGUCAGCUACGCACGUUAAACCUCACAGCAAAUAAAAUCUCGCACAUUGGAGCACAGCACUUGGCUGAAGCCAUCAACAACAACAGCUGUCAGCUACGCAUGUUAGACCUCUCAGGAAAUAAAAUCUCAGACAUUGGAGCACAGCACUUGGCUGAAGCCAUCAACAACAACAACUGUCAGCUACGCACGUUAGACCUCACAGCAAAUAACAUCACCUACGCAGGUAAGCAAAAGGCACGUAAUUUACUAAGCAAUAGUCAGUCUAGCUGUUUGCUAUUAAUUUAG